CCUGGUUUACUUUACUCGGCUGUGAUCUUCCAUUUAAUUUAUGUACUCGCUAAUUUGACAGUUCAUUGACAUUAUAUCAGAUUCGUCGAAAACAAUAUAAUCUAAAAAAAAUUAUUUAUUUGCUAAUUUUCUAUUUGCUUUACUACUUUCAUAAGUAAAGAAAAUUUUGUGUACAACCGAUUGUCAAGUACCAAGUUAGGAUGGAGUUAACUAUAAACACAUCAACGUGCGAUAUCAAACUAAAGGUUGAGCUGGGCAGUACUGUCAAAUCAAUAAAGGAAUCUCUGUACUCAGAAACAGGAAUUCAUCCACGGUACCAGUGUUUAACAUAUUUCGGAGAAACGUUGCUAGACGAAUAUGGUGUGUUGCAUUAUAAAAUGGAAAAUAAGGCCUCCAUCGAAUUUAAGAUUAUUGUACCUAAGUUCGACGAUGUACUGGAAGCGGUAGGUUCGCUUAAAACGCACGUGGAUUCGAGUGCCAAUGAUACCUUGGUCGAUGCCAUGAUCACGCUCAAAGCAUUUGUUGAUUGCCACUCAUGUUGUGCUAGUGUUAUUAUUGAUAUGUUAAAGUCAAAGGAAUUAGCGGACGAGAAAAACGCUAAGAUAAAGUCGUUCUGUGAAAAACUAUUAGUAACAAAUAGUGUUUUGGAAGCUAAAGAAAAAAGUUAUAAAGAAAAAACUGAAACAUUGUUUGCGAAAGUAGAAUCAUUUUCGGAAAUGGAAAAGAAAAUUGCUGAAUUGGAGGACAAGAUUUCCGCCAUAUGCGUAAAGAAAGAAUAAUUGAUUUUUUUAAAAUUAUAAAAUAAA